GGGAGCAUGCUGUUGUAAUGCUGCGGUGGAAGUGCAGGCGGGCGGAGGCAUGCAAGAAGAGCGGCAGGCUGGAGGAUGUCGAACAUGAUCGUCAACACCAUGAUGAAUCACGUUGAAGACGUUCACCUUGGAAGAACCUCUUGCUCCAUCGGAGCACCCUGCAUCGACUGAAGGUGUCCACGGCAUCAAAAUUUGGCUUGCCUUGCUUCGUCUUUCGCUGUUUCUACUGCUUCCAGAUAUACUCUGGUUGGAUCAGAUUCAGCUCUCACUCGCAGAGAUCUCCUCUCGCCCUUCGCGUCUAUGCUCGAAAUGGAGAAGAUGAAUCUGAAUGGUGUUGAAGUAGAGGAGUACGAAAUUGAAGAGGCAGAGGAAAGCAUCUCCGA